AUGCGUCUCUCCAUCACGCACGGCGGCAUGAUGAGCGUGCAGGAGGCACUGUACGCUGGCGUCCAACUGCUCGGCUUCCCCAUAUUUGGCGACCAGGUGUGGAACCUCCUCAGGGCCCGCGACUCGGGCUAUGGUCUGCUGCUCCACCUCCGCAACGUCACGCAGGAGUCGUUCGACUGGGCCGUCAAUGAGCUGCUGACUGACCCGAGGUACGCGGAGAACGCGCGGAAGUUGUCGCGGCUGUUCCACGACCGGCCGGAGCCGCCGCUGGAGACGGCGGUGCGCUCGGUGGAGUACGUGCUGAGGCACGGGGGCGCGCGCCACACGCGCUCCGCGGCUCUCGACCUCGCCUGGCACCAGUACCUGCUGCUCGACCUCGCCGCCUUCGUCCCCCUCUCCGCGCUGUGCGCCGCCGCCGGCGCAGUGCUCGCCGUCAGGUUCCUCGUCGGAACAUUUUUCAGAAAAUCCGCUGUAUCGGCUUCGUCAAAAAAUAAGACUGCGAAGAAAGACUGA